AUGGACCGCAUCAAGGCCUUCUUCGCGCCGCCCAAGGCUAACGUUGAGGAGUAUGAGCCGCUGGCGGACGAUGACUCGGGGACGCUGGAGGGGUCGAUAUACGAGGAAGGGACACCGUUCUCGUGGAUCGAAUACUCCAUAUUCGCCUUGAUUGGCGUCGCCAUGCUAUGGGCGUGGAACAUGUUCCUCGCCGCCGCCCCCUACUUCCAAACCCGCUUCCAGUCCGACCCCUGGAUCUAUGCCAACUCGCAAUCGGCCAUCAUCUCGACAUCCACCAUCGUUAACUUGGUGGCUAUGAUGGUCCUGACAAGAAUCCAAUCUUCGGCGAACUACCCCCUCCGCAUCAACAUAGCCCUCCUCAUGAACGUGGCCGUGUUCGCCAUGCUGACCAUCUCCACCACCUCUUUUUUUCUCGACGCCUCUCCGAAGCUCUAUCUGGCCUUCCUCCUCCUCAUGGUCGCCCUCACCGCAUCGGCAGCUGGUCUGAUGCAGAACGGCGCCUUCUCCUUCGUCGCCAGCUUCGGCCGACCAGAAUACACACAAGCCAUCAUGGUCGGCCAGGGCAUCGCCGGCAUCCUCCCGCCCCUAACCCAAAUGUUCUCCUACCUCGCCUUCGCCGACCCGCCCCCCGGGAUCCCCCCUCCCGGCCAACCCAGCAGCGAAUCCAGUUCCUCCUCCCCACCACAAAACGACGAAGGCGCCACCUCCGCCUUCAUCUACUUCCUCACCGCGGUCCUCAUUUCCGCCCUAACCUUCGCAGCCUUCAUCCCGCUCGUGCACCGACACAGCCGCCUCCUCUCCCGCCGCCGUGGUAGUCUGGCCCCCUCACCGGGAACCGACCUCUCCCCAUCCACCACCACGCUCCACUCAACUACCUCCACCUCAGAACCCACCCCAACCCGCCGCCACAUACCCCUCACGACGCUCCUUCUCAAACUCCGCUGGCUCGCCGCCGCCGUGGCCAUGUGUUUCGUCGUGGCCAUGUUCUUCCCCGUCUUCACCGCCAAGAUCCUCUCCGUCCACGACAGCGACGGCGGCCUGUUCAGCCCCGGCGCCUUCAUCCCGCUGGGCUUCUUCUUCUGGAACCUGGGCGACCUGGCCGGCCGGGUGUCCGCGGUCCUGCCGCCCUUCGCCUGGCUGCGCGCGCGGCCGCGCGUGCUGUUCGCCGUCGGCCUGGCACGCUGGGGGUUCUUGCCGCUGUAUCUGCUGUGUAAUCUGCAUGGGCGGGGCGCAGUGGUGGAGAGUGAUUUGUUUUAUUUGGGCGUCGUGCAGUUCCCGUUUGGGCUGACGAAUGGCUGGCUGGGGUCGAGCGCCAUGAUGGCGGCGGGGGAGUGGGUGGCGGAGGAUGAGAGGGAGGCAGCGGGCGGGUUUAUGGGCAUGUGUCUCGUGGGUGGGCUGGCGUUGGGGAGCGUGUUGAGCUUUACGCUGUGA